CUGGUGGUCGCCAAUCGAGCUUGCCAAGAGAUUCGUAGGCGCAUCAUUGACCAAUGACCACCGUCUGCACGGCCAGGCUCUCGGGCCACGGAGAGUACCGUAAGAGUACCAACACGUGGGCAACACAGAGGGGGUAUGAGACCGUUCGGUCAACGCUCCUGCUUAAUGUAUAUAAGAUCGGAGCCUCGGCGGAUACCCAAGGCAGAUCGUCAUCAGACAUGUUCGCGAAGGUCGUCCUAGCACUCUCGCUCCUGGCCUGCGCCAGCGCGCAGAUCCCGAAUUUGGGAUUCUGUCCGGAAUACGUGCCUAUGGCGAACUUCGACUUGAAGAGGUUCAUGGGUGUCUGGUACGAGUCCGAGAGAUACUUCCAGCUCAGCGAAGUGGUGUCACGAUGCGUCAUGACGAAUUACACCAGAGGCGCCGACGGGAAGUACCGCGUGAGCAAUCAGGUUACGAAUCGUUUCACCGGCAUCAAGAGGAUACUGGAGGGUGAAAUUAAGCCGGCAGCCUCGAAAGCCGAGGAGGGUAAACUCCUGGUUAGGUACACAAUUCCGCUGGCCCCCGAGACCAAGUACUCGGUGCUCGAGACGGACUACGACUCGUACGCCGUUUUGUGGAGCUGUCAGGGUAUCGGCCCGGUUCACGCGCAGAACGCGUGGGUCAUGACGAGGCAGCGGAUACCGCCUGGCGAGGUGCUGCAAAAGGCCUACGGCGUCCUCGACAAGUACAAGAUCUCGAAGACCUUCUUCGUGAAGACCGACCAGGCCGACUGCGCGUACCUGGACACGCCGGCUACGGAGAAGCCGCCGAAGAAGAAGCCGGAACAGACGAGUGAGGAGAGCGGUGACGCCAGGUCGGCCGUCGCCCUGGGCGCCGUGGACGAUGAGGUAAACCUCCUGGGGAAGGCCGACGUCUCGGAGGAUAAGGCGGCGCCCUCGACCUCCGACAUCCCGAAGAUAAUCGCGGAAGCCGCGAAGCCGCUCGCCAUUCCCGAGCGGAUCCUCAAGAUAGCCGAGGCGAUCAAGGAGGAGAGCGCUGACGCCGGCGACAAAAUGAUCAUCGUCGAGGUGAAGGAGGAGAAAGCCGCGGAGAGCGCGCAGGACGAGCGGAGCGAGCGCGCGCAGGAGACGGAAAAGACUGCCUAGAAACGUCGUUCGCUGGAACGCGUGGUCUGCUAGUUCACUGCUGGCGGGGCAUGUCCAUGGGGGUUAUCGACGUCCUGGGCUCGUAGCGGUCUCCUCAUCCGGAGCACCAGCCUCGCCUGGGUGCCACAAAGGCACUGUGUGCGACGCUCCAUAGGCACGCCGUCGCUCGGCACGCGAGCCGAGGUCGCCGAGGCGCUUUGUUACAUAGGCUUACGUAAUGUAAAAAGAAAACGAUGUAAAAAGGACGAAUGUAAAAAAAAGACAAAGACAAAUAAAUUGUUAUAAAAAAGCG